AUGCCCAGCAAGCAGGUGACGGAGCUCGUCGGCGACCACGGCGAGCAUCCCAGUGACCGCUCGCCGUCGCCGUCGCCGUCGCAACCGCUGGCAGCCACGAAAAAGCCCCCAAAGCUCAAGGUUGCCCCGCAACCAGCACCAUCGCAGCAGGUGCUUGUAAUCUGUAGGAAUAAACAUUGGCGCUACAUCUCUUCGUUCCACGGCCCAUGGCUUCAGCUGCCCCCGGAGAUUCUCGAGACCAUUGCCAAUGCGAACUAUAACACCCCGAGACCGCGGCCCAUCGACCCGGCCGUCUUCUUUGACCUGGUCAAGAUCAGGCGGCUCGUCGACGAGGCGACCAAUCUCACAGUUCGCGCGGCCAGCGGCGUGGCCUCGAUCGGCCAACGGGGCGUUCCCGGCGGCGGUUCCCACCAUGCAGACAUACUGGGGUUCGGCUACGGCGCCCGCCCGCCGCCACAGACGAAGCUCAGCGCGGAGAGGAGACACCGGAUGAGGGAGCAGGCAACGCAAAAGCUGAUGGAGGCUUACUGGUUGGACGAGAUUGCCAGCAGCGUCGCGACUAUGCAAAGCGCCUCUUCCCUCGAGGAGGUGGCCUCCCUCGUACUUCAACGCAACCCUCACGACGCCGAUGCCAAGUACGUCCACUUCUUUCACGAGAAGAUCCCGAGCCGCCAGCUGGCCGAGUGCACGAGCCUGAGUCCGAUAAACGACAUGAUUGCCGCGAGGCCGUCGAAUCCAGCACCUCUCAGGACGAGGGCCAUGGUGCGCAUUUUCAAGGGCGAUUACCAGGGCGCAGUCGACGAUCUGACCGAAGCCCUCAAGCUUCAUCGCCUGUACCGCCCUGCCCAUGCGUCGUCGAAGCCGUCACAGGAGUCCCGGCAGCCGGAGAACCUCCUGCAUGGGACCCGUCGGAGGCAGGAGGAUGUCAUUUUGAAGCCGGAGGACCAGCCGAGCAGUUUGGAGAUGCAAUUGCUCUUCCAGAGAGCCGGCGUUUAUCUGGCCAUCGCUUGCCGAUACGUUGCUGUUGCCUUACCGGCCGACUCAGCUCCAGCCACCGGACAUGCUGAUGGCGUCGUCGUCGUCGAGACCGGAGCUACGGAGCGGCUACCCAAGGAGGAGCCGUCGGCAGCGGAGAAGAAGGCACAGAUGAGAAUGGCCGAGGCGAGGAAGCUCGUGAGAUUGAACGCAAAGCGGGCAUUGCGCGACUAUACCGCCUAUCUGUCCUUUUUCGAGUAUUCGCCAGACCUGCCCAUCGAGGUCGCCGACGACUUCGCGCGCAAGGUAAACUGCGCCGUGAAUGGCGCCAAACCACCACGGUCCCAGAGCCACCUGUCCGGGCCGCGUUCGCCGUCGGCUGGUGAAGGAGAGCCAACGUUCCCGCCUCACCGUGUCUACGCGCUCUCGGAUCUCUUCACGUCCUUCCCUCCUGCCGGCCUCCCCCCUUACCCGGUCACGGAAAUGGUUCCUGAACCACCCUCCUCCCCGGGGCCUGUCCGAACCACGACCGAAGCGUUGACGUGCCAUCCCCUCCUCACCGACGCCCUUCAUGCCCUCCUGCUAUGCCACUCCCUGAUCCAGACGUCGGCCAAAGAGUUGCUGCGCCACGCCAACAUGGUUGCCCGCCUCACCCGCCUCGCCGACGGCUAUCCCGUGUUCCAGUCUAGCAGGUGUCCGGCGCGUGCGGACUGGAUCGAGGUGCUGCGAGCAGGUGGCAACUGGAUCCAGCUGGUCGGUUCUUGGGAGGAUCUCUGUGCGCCGGCUCCCCUCCCGCUUUUUCAGUGUUCCGGAAAUGGCGCCACACCAGUGCCGCUCUCCGUCCCACCUACCCGGCAACCCAAGGCUCCGACCAGCCCGGGAGACGACAGUGGAAGUACGGCCCCGGAUGCCUCAGCGGCUGCUCCUGGUAGUGGCGAUAAGCAGCGCAGGGACCGCAUCCACCAACAAGCUGUCUUGGAUGCCCUUGGCGACGACCGCGUGACCGACGAGUCCACGCUCCGCUUGGCCAUUCGCGCCCGCCAGUUGCGCGCCGAACACGAUUACCGUCUGGAUAAUGCCGCCGCCGCGCUCGAUGCGAAGUUCCUGAGCAGCGAGUUGCGCGUUCCAGCCUCGUCGCCAGCAUCCGCGGCCGUAUCUGCCGGCGUCGGUACCACUACCAUCAGCACCAGCACCAGCACCCGCCGCCGUGCCCAGCCGUCGUCCCAAUUCGACGAUGGGCGGGACUACUACCCCAUCUCGUCGGAACGCGCGAGCGCCAUCACCCGCUGGGUCACACAGGCGCCUCCCCCUAGUAGGAGCACGGAGCUCGGCGCAGGCGAGGGAGGGGUGCGCAAGCGGAGGAAGAAGCCCGCCAAUAGGGCCGUCGUCGGCGUCGUCGGCCCUGUCGGAAGUGCCUCGGAGGGUCCCGUGGGUGGUGGUGGUGGCCUCAAAGGAGGUGCGGCAGUGGAGCAUGACGAAGGUGGAAAUGAAACGGAUGCUGCGUAG